CGCGCCGUGGCGGUUCCCGGCGCGCCCUGGCGGGACCCCGAGCCGGAAGGCGGCGGCGAGCGGAGCGCGCGUAGGGGCGCGCUCUGACGCCCCUCCCCCUCCCCCCACAUCCCUCUCUGAGGAGAGAAAUGAAUGGAAUACUAUUUUCAAGGAGCCAAACAUCUGUUAUAACUUUUAUUAACUGCUACUGAAAUUAAAAGAAAGAUAUGAAUAUACACUAUUUCAACUGACAGUUAUACUAUGGAGACAUUAGUGAAUAUGUCCAUUGAUCCUGGUCAGUCAUCCUCAUCAGAGUUGGUGGAACUUCAUAUUUUUUAUGUCCCUGAAGGAUCAUGGAACUAUAAGUUAAAUACUGUUUCAAUGAAUGUUAUUAACAAAUUCAUUUCAGCUGGAUUUAUAAGAAUAUCUCCUGACCUUACUCUACAAGCCCUGAGGGAAAGACUUGUUGAGUUUCUUGGUGAAGAUGCUAUUGCAGAAAAAUUUUUAUUUCUGAAAUGCAUUGGAAAUAAUCUGGCUGUGGUGAAGACAAAGCAGGAGUCUGAACUGAAACUUAAAUCAUUUGCUCCUCCACAUGCUCUUCAACCAGAGUUAUAUUUGCUUCCUAUAGUGGAUCAUUUAGGAAACGUUUUUUCAGCAUCAACAACAGUUUCUUUAGAUGACCAGCAGCUCAAUAAUAAUGUUGCCGAAGAUGAUGGAAUAAUCCAGGAACCAUUUAACCUAAUUUUGUCAAAUGAAGAACCUGGAACAGAGCCCAGUCUUUUAGAAAGUAUUGUGAAAGAACUUCUUCACGAGAAUUGGGAAGAAGAAGAAUCUGCUGAGGGGAAAGAUAAUUCAAAAGAAAACAAGGCUGGAGAAAAUCAAAGUGAAAAUUCUGAAUUGCUCGGAUCACUGGAAGAUUCAAAAGAUGAAAAUGAUAGCAAUGAAAACAGUGCUUCUUUUUUGAAGAAUGAAGAUGAUAGACUUUGUGUCAUUAGAGAAGACAAAGAAGACAACCAGAUAAGUAAACAAGAGUGUGUCGUCCUACCAGAUGUUACUGAUUUUCCUUCACUUCCUUCUGUACAUAUUUCUAUUCCAGGAGAUAACUCUUUAUCACAGAGUUCAAGAGAGAAUAUUAUUGAACAAAUUAAUCAGUUAAAGGAAGAAAGACUACAACUGGAGAGAAUUAAAGAAGAACUAAUAAAGAAAGUUGAAAAACUAUUUGAACAAAGCACAUUGAAACAACUUCUUGACUCUGAUGAUUGGAAAAAAAAGUACUUUGAAACAAAGAAAGUGACGGCAUCAUUGGAAGAGAUCGUAACAAAACUUCGAGAAGAUCUGGAACUUUUCUACAAAAAAUUGCUAAUGCAGCUUGAAGCCCGGGAGAUCAAGAUGAGACCAAAGAAUCUGGCAAACACUACAGACUCCAAGAAUUAUUUUAUAAUCAAGAUCACUGAGUUACAACAUGCAAUUGACCAGCUUAAGAGAAAAUUGGAUACUGACAAAAUGAAACUUAUAAUAGAAACAAAGAUGAGAAAACAAGGAGUUUCCAAUUUACGCAACUUAAAAGCUGAACUGGCACAGAAGACAAAUACUCUUUCAUAAUUUCAACCAGCACCUGGAAAUGCUCCUUAUUAGGUCAACAUGUGAUUUUGUUUCUGAUGACAGCCAGAUUAAAAAAAAAAGAGUAACAUUGGAAGAGAAAAAUAUGUCCUUUUGUAUGUCUUAAAUAAAUGAUUCCAAGAACCUA